UCCUUGUCAAUCUAAUACAGACGCCUGUUUAAAACUCACCGAAAAAUGUGCAAGUGCCUCGCCGGUAACGUAGCGUGUUGCUGCUUUAAUUGCGCCCUUAGUGUGCUAAUAUCAAUCAUCAGUACAUUUCUAAUCGUUUUCAUUGUGGUCGGCUUGGUUGUGUACUUUGUUUACUACCACGAAAAGGAGGAUGAUGUCUCUAAACUCAAAGACACGGUCACCGAUAACUUCCAGUCAGGCAUUGACAAAAUAAAAAAUGUUCUAAGCAAGACAUAAGCUUGCGUAUAAAAAUAAGUGAAUAUGCCACCAACCACCUACUGAAGCGAAAAGCCGAAAACCAAAAUGAUGAUAAUCAAGCAUUUCCAGUACCAGUACAAAUAAACAGUUCACCAUUUCAUUGGUCCCGAAUCUCUAUAUACAAUCAUGUUCCAAUAGAUAUAUAUAUAUAUAUGUAAAACACAACUAUUUAUACCCUUUUAAAUACAGAAAAAUUAAAUUCAAAUCAAAUGGUGUAAAAUAAAA